AACAAACGUCAUUUAAAGUUGAGAUAGCACAAGUGUUACGUUGAGAAAUAAAAUGGCUUCUUCAUAUAAACUCCUUUUAUUAAUCCUGGUGCUUCUGUAUUUUCUUCAUUAUGUAAACGAAACAGAAGCUAAAGCACGAAGAUCGUUUAGAACUCGUGGUUCGUCAAGAACUCGUGGUUCGUCUAGAACUCGUGGUUCGUCUAGAACUCGUGGUUCGUCUAAAACUCGUCGUUCGUUUAGAACUCGCGGUUCGUCCAAAACUCGUAGUUCGUAUAGACGAAAAAAAUCACCUCCAAAACAAAGUGUUACCAGAAGACGGCAAACAAACUAUCGUUCCAGUGUGUCCUUUCGUGAAACACGAUCAUCUCGAACACCUUUUUAUAAACGUUUUGCAUUAGUGGCAACGACAGGUUUUCUCUUUUAUUCUGUUUCUCGUUCUCCAAUUUACAGGGAUUAUUAUCGACCAUACAAUGGAGGAUCUAACAUUUUUAUACCAAGACGACGAGCACUAAGAAUUCAACAAGAGAAAUAUCGUGUUUUGACUACCGAAGGUCAUCUUUGUCCCAUCAACGGAAGCCUCCUUCAACUUGGCCCAGAUUAUGUCAAGCGUGUCUAUACGGAAAUUUCUUACAACAAGACCAGUAAUGACGUCAGGGAUCUUCCAUCUCAAAAUUACUCUACGAUGGGGGCAAAAAACUUUAGCAUUUCUGAUAAGGCAGUCGAAGAUUACGUGACUAAUAUAAAAAUGCGAAUUUGGUUUAACGAAAGCGUCGUUAUGCUGAAUGAAUCCAAUGUGAAGAACCGCAGCCUAAAGCACGACAUAUUUAACUGCAGUGUUAUUGAAUAUGAAUCAACAGCCUAUGUUGUUGAAAUGAUAAACGGUUGUCCAAGGAUUAUGACUUUUCCUCUCUAUAUUUUAACAUUUUCCUUGUCUUUUUUGUUCAAAUAAUUUAAAACAAAGACAAAGAAGUCGACACACUAACAUUUCAAGUACUUUCAAUAUACUUAGCCAAGCUUGUAGGUGUUGUUCCUUUACUACCUUUGUAAUGAUAUCUUUGUGUAUUAUUGUGAUAUCUUAUGUAUUAAUAUAACACAUACGUUUGUAUUAUUAAAUAUAUAUAUACAUACCUUAUAUCUUAGUAAUUAUACAUGGUAAUUACCCGUC